CAUCGGAAGCAGUUGACAACUAUGACAGAAUUUUUGUACCUAACCUUACUUUAUGCAAUUUUGACAGUUCCUCGCUGCUCGUAAACAGUUGUGGUAAAAAAUAGUUGAUUUUUUUAUUUUUAGACUAUUUAUCCAAAAAAAAAAAAAAUGGAUUUUGACGAACAGUUUCUCUUUCUGUCCUUUCUUUUUUUGGAAUGUGUCUUUUUGUAUCUAAUGACACAAGAAAAUAGAAGAUGGUGGGUCAGACCAAUAUUCAGAGAAAGGAAUGAGAAAGGGGCUUUUCGAAAUAUUUUUACCCAUAUGAAAACAAAGGAUCCUGAAAUGUUUUUUAAGUGUAUACAAGAAUGCUAACAGAUCAGUUUGACAGUAUCCUGUGUCUCCUCAAGCCAAAACUACUAAAACAUAGUAGGAGAGAAUAUUUAAGCCCUGCAUUAAAGUUGGCUAUGACUUUGAAGUUUCUGGCUCAUGGAGGAUCAUUUCAAAGUUUGUCAUGGGAAUUCCGCGUUGGACAUUCAACUGUUUCAAAAGUGAUCUUUGAAACAUGCACCGCAAUUUGGGAUACAAUGCAACCUAUUUACUUGAAAUCCCCUACUGAACAAGAGUGGAUUAUUAUCAGCCACCAGUUUUCAAAUAGAUGGAAUUUUCCACAUACACUUGGGGCCAUUGAUGGAAAACAUGUUCACAUUCAAUGCCCAUUGAAUAGUGGGUCAUUGUAUUAUAAUUAUAAAAACCACUUUAGCAUUAUCUUACUAGCAUGCUGUGAUGCUGAUUAUAAAUUUAUUUGGGCAGAUAUUGGUGCGUAUGGCUCUGAACAUGAUGCUAGUGUAUUUCGGAGAUCUCAGAUGGGAAAACAGUUAGAUGAAGGAUCAGUUCAGUUGCCAAAGGUAGAUCAAUUGCCAAGUAGCAAUGUUGAAAUGCCCUAUUUUUUUGUUGGCGACGAAGCUUUCCCUUUGAAACCAUAUCUAAUGAGGCCAUAUCCAGGGAGGCAACUAACCGAACAGAAAUCAGUUUUCAACUACAGAUUAUCACAAGCAAGACGUGUCAUAGAAAAUAGUUUUGGGAUACUUGCAAGUAGAUGGAGAGUUUAUCGCUCUCCUCUGCUACGCUCCAUAAAAACAACAGAGGCUGUGGUAAAAGCUACAAUAUGCCUACAUAAUUAUUUGAAAACUGAGGCACCAACAACAUAUGUACCACCUACAUUAAUAGACUCCUUGAAGGAUGAUGGUGGAACAAAUAGGGAUGGUGAAUGGAGAGAAAUCAUCCAAAAUGACACCAACUUGACACCAAUUGGCAGAGUGGGAGCAAAUAUAUCAGCCAGUGCAACUAUGGCUUUGAGAGACAAGCUAGCAGAAUAUUUGAUAUCAGAUGCUGGAGCAGUGUCAUGGCAAAUGGCAUAUGUUAACAGAGGAAGAUUUUGAAAUAUGCUAGCAUACUGUCUAUUGUAUGGAAAUUAAAAGCAUAGUAGUAUUUUUUAGUAUCAAUUUUUAUAAAUAAAAGUAGCAAGUAUACAUUUUUGUAUAUUUUAUUCCUACACAUUAAAAGAAUGACAUAAUAUAUUUCAGAUAUCUUCAUUCUCAAUAUAUUUAACUA